UCUCACGGUAAAACUUGGGUAUUUUAAGGGGUAGUUAUUAGAUAUAGUCUCUAAAACAUUGCCAGUAUCUAUGCAAUCAGAACAUUUCCAUACACAUUGAUUAAAUUAAUACAUAGCCUACACCAAAAAAACAUACCAGUUUAGAUUUGCCAUGAUUGUCUCAUGUUUGGGUAUGUUUACUGCCUCUCCACAGCUGUGCAGGUUAACCUGAAGCCCAAGAUGGUCAGCGUGGGCACACAGACAUCAUUCGGCACACAAACCUCCACUCCCCUUGCUAGUCCUGAACAGACAGAUGAAGAUGAUGAUAAUGCCUCUGUAAUCAGUGACUUAUCGUGGUUGCCCGAAGAGCCGAUGCAUGAGGAAGACUUGUUUGAUGAGGAGCCACCUUACACGUGUGACCCCCAUCACAAUGGCAUUGACAAAUUCAUUGUUUGCCAAGAGGAGCUGAUGGGCCUUUUUGUCAUCUGUCCGGCCUGUUGUGAGAGGUCAGAUAGUAGCAUUGUGCAGCAGGAAGGAACUUUUCUUAAGAUCAAGCAGGUCUGUGCAUCAUGUGGCUACCACCGUAUCUGGCAAAACCAGCCAAUGCUCCACAGGAACAUGCCGACCUGCAACCUCCUGUUAAGCAGGGCCAUUCAUUUCACUGGAUGUUUGGCCACCCAGACAUUAAGAAUGUUGACUCUGUUUGGCCUGCAGUGCAUCAGUGCGAGCAGUUACUUUCGCCAUCAGCGCCGCUACACCAUCCCUGUAAUCGUUCAGGCCUGGCAAAACGAUCAAGCGAAGAAUUUUUGUGACCUUUGGGCAAUGGAUGGCGGGCUAGUUCUUGCUGGUGACUGCAGGUCAGAUUCUCCUGGGCACUGCGCGAAGUAUGGAUCCUACUCUCUGAUCGAGGACAGAGUGAACAAGGUGGUGGAUGUUCAGCUUGUUCAGAGCUCAGAGGUCCCCAACAGCUCAUGGUGUGAGCUUGAAGGGCUCAAGCGCAGUGUUGGCCUGCUGAGGGAAAGGACCUGCAUUUAGCAACGCUGAUCACGGACCGUCAUCGCCAGGUUGCCAAAUGGGUGAGAGAGGAGCUGAGCCCUGAAGGGACACGGCAUUAUUUUGAUGUGUGGCACAUUGCCAAAAGUCUGGGGAAGGCAUUGGAUGCAGCUUCAAAAGAGUGUGACCAACUACAGCUGUGGAGGCCUGCUAUAGUGAAUCACCUCUAUUGGACUGCAGCCUCAACCCCAGACGGCAACCCAGCAGUCAUGGAGGCUAAAUGGAAAAGUUUAGUCAACCACAUCCAGGACAUCCAUGACCAUGACACCCCUGCUUUCUCCAGUUGUGCCCAUGGCCCUCUAGAUGGGGAUCAGCGCAACAAAGAGUGGCUGGACCCAGGUACAGUACACACAGCAUGUGGUAUUAUGUACGCUCUACAGUUUUGUUGUAUUUGCUGUCUGAGUGCUUUGACAUGUGACCUAUGAUGAUUAAAUUAUUUUUUCAUUCCCUGGCAAUCUCAUAACAUUCUGUUUACUGUUUAUGUUUGCUAUAAUUCAUAUGCAGGACCAUUUCAUGUGUUUCCAUUAAAAAAGAAUUUUUGUCUGAAUCUAUCUUGUCUAUUUAUACGU